AUCUGAUCAUGUAGGAAGUGGAAAUUGCUAAAAUCAUGUCAAGUUCAUUUGCUGUUUGUUCCUUCAUAGUAUAGGCGUUUACUGAUAAAUUGUGGUGAACAUAUACACGACAUUCUAAGACACUAUUCUUAAUACAUCUCUUACUUUUGAAUCAUGGGAAAGCUCUGUAUUUUAUGGAUUUUGUUGGAGAUAAUUAUGGUAUCAGGAAGUGACCAUUUUACAACAUUGGUUUUAAAACCACUGCUCGCUGAAGAUGCAGUGAAAUCUGACAAUUAUAAACUUGUUGGCUCUGUUCUUGAGAGAUUUAGAAGAGAUGUCAUAGAACCAACAACAACUCCUGUUACAUCAAACAUUCGGUCCAUGAAUAUUGUUUCCAGAGUUACGUCACGGUUCAUGAACACACAGAUAACGAGUGUGAUUGAAAAUAUUGCAAGUAAUGCUACGGAGUUAAAAUUUAAGAUUCAGAUACCCCAAUCAGCUUUCAUAUCAAACUUCACUAUGUUAAUUAAUGGAACACUGUUAGUUGCGGAAGUCAUGGAAAAAGAGGCUGCCCAGAAGAUUUAUGAUGAGGCCAAGAAAUCUGGUGCAACCGCAGGCCAAGUUGCAUCAGAUUCUAAAGCUGAGACUCCUGAAAGAGCAUUUGAACUGUUUGCUGUCUCAGUAAAUGUCGCUGCAUUGAGUUCUGCCACAUUUGAGAUUUCUUACCAGGAAUUACUGAUCCGUGAAUUUGGCCUCUACAAUGUACAUUUAAGUGUUCGUCCAAAUCAAAUUGUGCCAGACUUGAAAGUAGAUGUGUAUAUCCAUGAACCUGAAGGUAUUGAGAGUAUCAACGCUGCUGCUCCCGUUGGUGGUACUGCAACUGCUCUAAUAAUUCAUGAAGAUACUACAACGAAGCAUGUGUCAUACUAUCCAAGUACAGUUGAACAAGGACAAGAUGGUGGCUUGAAUGGUGAUCUACUUGUGUGGUAUGAUGUGGCACAUGAUAACGCUGGUGGGAUGAUACAUGUUGUUGGUGAUUAUUUUGUCCACUUUUUCUCUCCAAGUGGUUUGGAUCAACUCAACAAAAAUAUCCUAUUUAUCAUUGACAUAAGCGGCUCCAUGGGUGGUGGGCAAUAUAGUAAAAUGGAACAGGCACGAGAUGCUCUUAUUGUGAUUCUCGGCCAGCUUGAAGAGAAUGAUGGAUUUGCUAUUCUCCUAUUCGAUGAUAAAGUCGUCUUAUGGAAUCAACAGAUAGUGCAAGCUACUGCUGCUAAUAUUAAUGCAGCCAAAUCUUGGGCUCGAGAAAAUGUUGUUGCCGAUGGAUCCACUAAUAUCAAUGAUGCCCUCAUUACCGGGAUAACUAUAAUGAAAUCUGUUGUAAGUGAUUCAGUACAGAAAGCACCGAUUAUUGUAUUCCUUACAGAUGGAGAGCCAACAGCUGGCGUAACUGAUACAUCUACCAUUCGACAAAAUGUCAAAGAUGCAGCUGAUGGUAAAGUCUCUCUAUUUUCCUUGGCAUUUGGCUAUGGCAUCAGUUUGGAGUUUCUGCAGAUCUUAUCUUACGAAAAUGGCGGUGAUGCACAGAGGAUAUAUGCAGAGGCUGAUGCAGUGUCCCAACUGGAUACAUUCUACAAGAAAAUCAGCAGCCCUAGUCUGUUGAAUGUUAGAGUUGAUUAUCUGAAUGCUGUCAUUGAAGCAGGAUCUGUUACACAAAAUACAUACCCUCAGUAUUUUAAUGGAACAGAGAUUGUUAUUGCAGGAAAAAUACAAGAUUCGGCAUCAGAGGUCCUGACCGCAACCGUAUAUGGUAACACAGCAACCAAUGAGAUUGAUCUUGUGGCUGUCGUUGUCCAGGAUACCCCUACAGCAUCCGUUAGUGGACUGUCUGACAUCACAAUUCAAGAUUUCACAGAAAAACUCUGGGUGUACAUGCAGAUCAAAGACCUUGUAAAGUUGCACUUAAUCGAGAAAAAUGAGGUAGAAAAAGCCAAACUAAAAUCAUUGGCUAUCAACAUGUCUCUGGAAUACAAUCUGGUGACCCCUUUUACAUCCAUGGUGGUUGUACAAGAUGACCCAGACAAUAUGAAUAAUAAUGGAUUUGAUAUGUCUGGUAAAGCUGCAUCCUUCCCUGGAGGUGGUUAUAGUAGUGGUUAUAAUAUUCAAGUCAGUUCUUUUUUAAUAUCACUUUCCAUUCUGCUGGUAUUGUAAAUUCGGUUUAUUUGGUGCUAUUUCAUUUGAUGUUUCCACAGUUUUCUGGAUAUUGGCGUCUUGACCAUGCAUUUUUAAUCAGCAAUUUAUAACUUAGGUGCUACAGUGGGAAAAUCAGGAUAUAUUAGGAUUUUUAAUGAUCAUGAUUAUUUGUAAUGACAUGAAUCAUGGGCUUUCAAGAUCUGUUGAAAGCCGAUGCAUGAAUGUAUUAUACACGGAAAUACAGGGUGGUCAAAAAAACUGGAAACCCUAACACCAUUUUCUUAAUAUCUUUGUA